AUGAAUGAAGAGCAAAUCAGACUACUUUUGGAGGAAGAAAAUUGGACUUCUGAUUAUGAGGAUGAAAAUGACAGCGACGUUGAACACUUUGUUGCAGGAGAUGUAGAAAGUUAUGAUACCGAGCAAGAAGAUGAUGAAGAAUACGACGAGGAGUUGAAUGAGAUAGAUGAUAGAGAAUUUUAUCUUGGUAAAGAUGGGCACACUAGGUGGAAUAAUGAUGCUCCGUCAAAUCGUUGGUCAGACUCCACAACCAAUAACAGCAGCAGCAUAAAACAGCAGCACAGGAGCUGCAACAACCAAGCAAUUAAGACAGCAGCGCGGGAACUGCGAGUGACCAAUAACAGCAGCAGCAUAAAACAGCAGCACAGGAGCUGCAACAACCAAGCAAUUAAGACAGCAGCGCGGGAACUGCGAGUGACCAACUUUAUAAAGAAAUUUUUUCUUGUGUUAGUUGAAUCAUUUAGUACUUGUGAGUAUUUUAUAUUGCAACAGAUCAUACUUAAUAACAAUAAUCAGAACCAGGUUUCUGAAACACGUGAGAGUGACUGCGUUGAGAAUUUUAGUUGA